GGAGAAAGCAUGUCUUGGUUCAUUGUCAACGUCAGUAACACCACUUUGGGGAGUCCACUUUCUGGGGAUGAGCCGCGAGAUGAGCGCUUGGCUCAAGUGGAGAUAGCUCUUCUGUCCGUCAUCUUCAUCACAGCAGGACUCCUAAACUCUGCGCUCUUGUCGGUGCUGUGGAAGCGGAGGAAGCAGCUCUCCCGGAUGCACGUCUUCGUCUUCCACCUGUGCGUCGCCGAUCUGGUGGUCACACUCUUCCAAGUUUGUCCCCAACUCAUGUGGGACAUCACCGACCGAUUUGUGGGGCCCGACAUACUGUGUCGCGUAGUGAAGUACCUGCAGGUGGUCGGGAUGUUCGCCUCCAGUUACAUGAUCGUAGCGAUGACUAUAGACCGGUAUCAAGCCAUCUGCAACCCCAUGGUGACUUUCCAGAGGCGCAGGGCGCGCUGGAACGGUCCGGUGUGCGCCGCCUGGUGCGUCUCGUUCGUCGGCAGCCUGCCGCAGAUCUUCAUCUUCUCUCGGGUCGAGGUCGCUCCCGGUGUGUACGACUGCUGGGCGCAGUUCGUCAAGCCGUGGGGACCGAGAGCCUACGUGACCUGGACGACUCUGGUGAUAUUCGCUCUGCCCGUUAUCGUGGUGAUCGUGUGCCAGGUGCGCAUCUGCCACACCGUGCGCAGCAACUUUCACAUUAAGACGCAGCACGUCGCGGCGGGUCAGCCGCUGUCCUCCAGGGCCAGCAGCGUGGCAGUAGUGUCCAAGGCGAGGGUGAAGACGGUGAGGAUGACCGUGGUCAUCGUGCUCGCCUACAUAACCUGCUGGACGCCUUUCUUCACCGUGCAGCUCUGGUCCGUGUGGGACGUUGAUGCGCCCAUUCAGACUGUUACCUUCACCAUCUUGAUGCUGCUGGCCAAUCUGAACAGCUGUGCGAACCCCUGCAUUUACCUGCUGUUCAGUGGGAAGCUGCCCGAGACGCUCGUGGCCCUGGAUUGUGUGCGUCAGCUGGAUCGGAAGGAGUCCGUCCAGGAGGAUGCCACCAUGGUCAGCUCCCUUAAAAUCAGCCUCAAGAGUCUGUCGGAUUAA